AUGCUUGACAUUGUAUCCUAUUUCAACGGAAAAAGUGGCUUCCAACCACCACAGAAUGGACAAACAAUCGAAGAAGUCAACUGUGUUCCACAUUAUGAUCCAGGAUUACUUUCAAUUAGUAUUUUAUCGACACAUGAAGGACUUCAAUUGAAAAAUAUGGUGAAUAAUGAAUGGAUAAAUGGACCUUUAGAACCAAACGUUGGUGUCAUCUGGUUAGGAGAAGCAGCUUCUCGAGUAACACAAAAUCGACUUAAACCAGGCAUCCAUCGAGUUAUUUAUCCUCAAAAAUCGAAAUGUCGACUUACCAUCUGGUAUGAAGUAUGUACAGUUGAACAAUUAAAAAAUAUACGCACUGAUCAGGAAGAUGAAAUAAUGGCUGAUGGAACCGUUAAAUUUGAAAGUCUUCUUGGAUUAGCUCCAAUAAAUGUUGUACCUGGUGAGACAAAACUAGAAUUUUUGAAACGAGUUGAAAUGGCACAUGGCUUAUCCAUGAGUAAAGUGGGUCCACCGUAUUAUGUACUUGAAAAGCAUGACAUUUCAUAUCCGACAAAUGGUUUGAAAACUGAAUAA